UGCCAAAUAUGGUCGUGUGGGAAGUAUGUAUUUUGAAACUCAAAUGGACAAAAGUCGUAGUGCUCGCUACGUCGUAGAUGGGCUACAUGCUACGGCCUACGCGAGGCUUGGAUUCUUCGAGUUGAUGAAACUAAUAGAUUUAAUAUUGACAUGAAUAUGGCGGGAAACUUUGCUUUGUGAGGGACUGCAGGUUGAUUAAUUUUAAAAUCGUGUAGUUCGAGGAGAAAUUAACUAGGCACGGUAAAGAAACUUAAGAUGAAUUUUACUUUAUGUGUGGUGAAAUGUUGACCCAUAAAUGAAUUAUUGGUCAGGUGUUCGUUUUUUACGAUCAAUCGAUGCUAAUUAGGAGGUGAGCGUUCGACACCAAGUUCCAUCGCAAGAAUAUUUCAGACCCGCCGCGGUGAUAAAUCAAACUCGAAACCGUAAUGAAAGCGAACGGAUCGCGUCGCGAAGAGAAGGGAGGAAAAAAUAUCACGGAAAAAAUCAGGUGCGUCCCCCGGUCGGGUGCCGAGAGAAAAACAGUCGGUCGGGCUGUGCGGGCGGGUGGUGGGCGGGGGUGGGUGGUGGCGGUCGAUGCGGGGGGCGGGCGCUGGGCGGCCGACGCGUGCGCGUGGCCUGCCCCCGGCGUCGCGCGGCCACACUUCCAGCGGCUCCGUCGCUCGUCACCCGCGUCGCCGACCGCCGCUGCACUCCCUCUCGCGCCGACCGCCGGCCCGCGCCGUGCGACUAUCACUCGCGUCCCGCUCUCACUUUAUGUGUACAAAGUGAACAAGUCAGUGCUUCCUAACGCGAUCGCGACAGUGCUCCCGCUGCCGAUUUACUAGCCGGAUCCGACGUGCACGCUGCUCAGGUAAAAAUACCGUAAAGUGAGUAGCAGCGAAUAGCGUAUACAAUAGUAAACGCGCGAAAUAAAAAUUGUCACGAUACAGUCUCCACAAAGCCACAGAAACACCAAAAUGAUGGUUACCAGGACGAAGAAAAUUUUCGUAGGAGGGCUAUCGGCUCCUACAACCCUCGAAGACGUCAAGAAUUACUUCGAGCAGUUUGGACCGAUCGAGGACGCAAUGCUAAUGUUUGAUAAACAAACCAACAGGCACAGAGGUUUUGGCUUCGUCACAUUUCAAAGCGAAGACAUAGUAGAUAAGGUGUGCGAAAUACACUUCCACGAAAUCAACAACAAAAUGGUGGAAUGUAAAAAAGCUCAGCCUAAAGAAGUUAUGCUCCCAGCAAACCUGGCGAAGACGAGAGCUGCCGGUCGCGGCGCGUACGAUUUCAUGUGGUCAUUGGGUGCUCUUCCUGACGGUUUUCCCGCAGCAUACGCCGCCUACGCGGCUGGACGUAGCUAUUCGGGCUAUCCUAGCUUCGGGCUGCCGUACCCAGCAGUUGACCUGACCAACGGCCAACUCACACCGAACAACAACACACCGCUUCUCGCGCAGGCGCUCUCAGUGAUGAACAACUAUCAAGCUGCAGCGGCUGGCUUUGGACCUCCGGCGUCUCCUCACGCUGCCGGUGGACGCGCUGGGUUCCCGGCCGCGAGCUCCCCGGGACCAGCCCUCGACGUGUACGGGUCUGCAGCGGACAGUGUUGGCUACGUCCAGGCUGCUAGUCCCCAGCCCUCUGGAUUCCCCGCGAUUGCUGUCAGCCGCGCUCCCCUCAAUUACACCCCAGGACCCCUGAUUCCGGCGGCUUUCACCAACGGAUAUCAUUGAAAGUGUUAUAGCACAAAUAUUUUACGUGGCGAGCGGUGUGGUGGCGCAUAGCGUCCCCUUAAAUGUGCCGCCCUCUUAGCGCCCUCCGCCCGCCGCCAGCGCCUCUCCUCCAGCCAGCGCGACGACUCCGAAGUUCCUCGCUCCUGCGCGGCCGCAACACAUCCCACCCUACUCCCCUCGUCCUCACGUCCCUCCCCAUCCCCACACCCGGUCGAAAAGACCCCGUCUAUUGUAAAUAACUUUUUGUCGUGUGAACGAAAAAUAGUCUAUCGAUUGAACAGGUAUUUUUUCAAAUUUUUCUCGCUUUCGUCUGUACCGUAGAUGUGUUGUCAAAAUAAUAAUCAAUUUAUAUUACAAAAAAAAAAUACAUUUCAUAAUUAUAAUGUGCAUGUAGACGAUUUUAUUGCAGGGAGGUAUAUCUUUAAUAUUUUAUAAUUCAUAGUUAAAUUACAGUUAAUGUAAUCAGUCCUCUGCGCAGGACUUUAGAUAAGUCAAUCUGUUAAGAACGUUCUCGCGUCCAGCGAAAAGCGCGUCUGCAUAGUAGGGUUUUCAAUAGUUCGCUUUGAUGAGAUGUUGUAAAGUCCGGCGUUAGGAGGCAUCGAGAUGUGAUCGUGUUCGCAAGCAGCUUGUCCCUGUUCCAUUCCGUGGGCUCCGCGAGCUGGUGGACAAAAGGUCGCGCGACUCUAGCGCGACUCUCGCACGACUCUCGCACAACUGCGACGCGACGGCUGGACACCGGAGACAGUAACGCGGCGCACAAAAACUGCGCCUCCUCGCUCGUCCACCGACACAUAUUUUAUUCUAUCUAUUUUUAAUAUUAACGUCAAAUAUUAACGUAAUUAUAAUAAGAUGUACUAUCGCAUAUUUUAUCUAUAAAUGUAAUUAUUUUCUUCUAAUUCGAAUUGUAUGAUAUCACUACUUUGAACAGCUGUUCUUUUUCUGUAGCGAGUUUCUCGAUUACUUCAUUAAGACUAUGUUAGUAUGGCGUAUAUACAACUUUCUUAUAUUAUGUAUUACGAUAUUAUAAAUUUUAUCCUAAGGAUAUUGAUGAUUCAUGAUAACAUUUGUCGAGCUAAGUCGAUACAUUUCUGAAUAUCUCUCAUGAUCUAAGAUAAAAAUUCAUUUCAAUCCUGUACCUUUGAACGUAGGUAUUGUAAUUAUAAUUCAUUGCAGUUUUUGUGUAUUAAAUAAAUAAGUAUUUCAUUGUUUCUUACGAUUGUAUUAACCGUAUAUAUAAGAACACUGUUAAAAAACCAGGCUCCGGUUGUAUCACGGAGUCGCACCGUACUUAGUCGUAUUCAAAUUUUUAAUAAAAAAAUAAACUUUCGUAAAUCGUACAUUCGCAAUAAACCCACACACACUACACAACAAAAUUUCAAUAUUUUAAAGACAGGGAUAACAAAAGAAUCAGCCAAAGGCGCAGGUUUGAGGUAAUAGAAUAAAAUAUGAAGUCAAUUCGUUAAUCAUAUUCGUUAGGUACUGGAUACAAUUAAAUCGAUCACUUUAUCUAGUAUGCAGCAGUCGCAGAGUAAGGCGGCGUGGAGUCGGCUACAGACUUAUAACGCGACGACUGCGUUCCGCUGACUGCUGAUAUAAUCUGACCGCGUAUCGCUAGCCGCUAGCAUUACAACAUGCACUAAGUGGCAUUCAUUCAUUAUUUACUAUUAUUACUCAUUACCUACAUCAAUUAAACAUUAAUAUUAUUAAUCUAGUUAUUAAAUUUUAGGUAUUAAUAAUAAAACAAUCUUUUAAAUGCUAUUAUUAAAUACGUUAUUAAUAUAAAUGUUCCCUGUUUAAAAUUAAUAAAUAAUAAAAAAAAAAAUUACAUUGAAAACGGUACGAGAGGAAUCAAUAUUCUUUUCAAAGAUUAAUUCAUUACGAUGUCUCGUGCGUAGUUAAUUGAAUAAUGGAGUGGUAGGGGGAGUGUGCGGCAAACUCGCGUCUACAGUCCGAUCGAGACGUGGCCGACCCACCGCACUACGAGUAUAAGCGACCGCGGUUAUGUUGUUAUGAACCUUAGCUAGGAAAUUGAUAAUGAAAUCGAAAGGUGUGCGUCUAUAGGACGGUCGGGAUAUCGAUAUCAUACCUAAACAAAUUAACGUAAUUAUUUGUUUUUAUAUUUACGGUGUUAUAGGUAUUUAAGACGUUUUUUUUUUUCUUUCUUAGAAUAUUUAAUUAUUACGAUGAGACAUUAUAACUUUUAGGCCCGGACCGAAGGCGACGGUCGCGUUCGCUUCACGCCGCCAUCGGUCGUCUCAUUCUCUUUCACAUCCUCACUAUAAUUAUAUUUUCUUACCGACCUUUUUAAUGUAGGAGAAGCGCACACGGCUGCUUGUCCCCGCGCUAGUACGAUAACAAACAUUCAUUAUAGUGAAAGAGGUUCGUACUACCGUUCGUGAGAAGCCAUCGGUUCGCCGCGAUUGCAUCGAGACGAGACAUGAUGAAAAUUUAUUGUAUAUAAAUAGGUAGCCGCAUGUGUAAAAAAAAGAAUAAUAGGUAGGCGCCACCCCUGUGAGGGUUAUUUUUCGCGACCGAAUACGCCGCGGAUCAUGCUAGGGCCGUAAUACGCAUGGCGCCGUAUAAAAUCAAGAACACGUUUCGGCGGCGUCCGUACACUAUGUUUAACGACCAAUCGAAAGCAAUAAUAGCUUAUUUUGACAUAUCUUUGACGUAAACAAUAAUUACUCAAAUUUUAAGUAAUAAUAAUGAUAUUAUAUUAUUGUAAUAAUUAGUAAAUCACGAGUCAGUGUUCGAUGCAAAAUUACUGUUUAUUUUAUUUUAUAUAUAUUUACGUGUUAAGGACGUUAAAAAUAGUGUACAAUGAAAAAUGUAAGUAGUUUGGCGCAACGCUUAGAUACUCGUACCAUCUGGUCGAUAUUAGAUUCAUUGGAGCUGCAAUCAGGAUUAGCUUGACGGACGUUUAGUUUCAUUGUUGUUGUUAUUGUUUGUUGAAACGGAUUGUGAGGUUGUUUUGUUAGAAUAACCCUUAGAGCUUCUUAAAUACGGUUCAUAUUAAGAAACCACUUAUUGAGUUAAAAACCUAUAAACAUUUUUUACGUGUGCGCAAAAUUAACAUCAGAAAUUGAGUAAAUUGAAUUAUACAUUAAAACAUAAACGUGACAAAUAAAAAUCAACCGAAAGUUAAAGUUGGUAAUGAUUUGAAAUUAAUCCCAUAUUCCAUUGUAACAAACAAAUUUACAAGCGUCAUUUUGGUUUCCUAAUUAUCGUGAGCAAUAUUAUAUAAGUGUGUCGUUAGUGUGGACCGCAGUUUAGAAGCCAGACCGCCGAUAAGCAGUGCGGAGCGGCCGAGGCUCGAUGCCAACAGCCACCGCGACUCGCUUCUGUUCUCGCUUGUUCCUAUACGCGCUAGUUCACUUCUAUCAUUUUAGUUGUCUUCUCUAUCACACAAUAAAGACUACGUAACAAAUAAGCGAGAUCUCAAAUUAUAAUUUAAAUUCGUUAUGUGAUCCUAGUAUUGCGACUUUACGUAUGUAUUGUAAAUUUAAAAGAUAAUUUUAUUAUUAUAUUUUGUACGAUGAUGACGUUCUACAUUAUUUUAAACACGAUCUACUAUUAUUGAUAUUAAUGAUAAUAAUUAAUUUUAAUCUAAUAACGUGACAGACUGGUGAAGUUGGUAGAGUCGCCGCAGCGGCCAUAGAACGGUAGCUUUGCAUAUACGGCGAUGGCCAAGUGAACAUUUCAAGGACCAAAGGUAUAGAUAGUCGCGUAGAACCGGACGCGCAUUGGCUCCGCACGAACAGACCGGCCGAUCGGUAGUCAGCAUGAGAGCGUGUCUACUAGAGCCGAGAUAAUCGUUGGCUCCGACACCCUGUCCCGCCCCGCGCAACGCCGCCCGCUUGCUUUCAAUCUCGCGGUUACUUCUCGAUUGCGUGCUUCGCGUGCUGACUGAUUUUCUAUAGCAAUAAUAAAAAAAAAAUCAAUUACCUAAGAUUUUACAUUAAAAGUAAAUUUGGAUUUAUAUACGUUCGAAUUUCGUGUCAUGUACAUUUAAGUAUUAGAGAAUGGAGGUAAAUGAUUAGGCGAACGGCCCGCGACGCGUGCGAACGCCGCGUCGACGCGAUAAUUUCGUCAUUUCUUCGUGUAUAAUAUGUUACAUGAAUCUGUAUACAAUAUGGAUAUAAAUCGUAAUAAUGAAUAAAAUUAGUUUUUACGGCAUCUCUUUAUUAAAUAAUGAUAAUAUCAAAAUGUUUUGUAAAAGCGGUGGGUACGUCCGCCGCCCCGAUUUCGUGCACCAAUGCACUUUCUUAUUGGAAUAUUACAUUAUAUAACAUACAUUAUACUAUGAGAUAUAUAAUCAUACAGCCUCUCGGGGCGCGCGUGUAUGGCGAUGCAUGUAUACCUACACAUUGUGCAAUGUACAUAUACCUAUUAUAAUAAAAUGAUUUAAGACAAGGUUCACAUCGUGCCGUGUGUAUGUGGUAAUAAAUAUAAUAUGGACAUUGUUCAAACAAUAA